AUGACCACCUCCGCUCUGGCAGUGAUGGCCAGUCCGGUGUCACCUCGCUCGGUAAUCGAGCAUGUCCAACACGAGAAGAGGUCAACCAGGUCAAAUUGGUCUAAAUAUAUUCGUCUACCGAGAUCUUACUCCCUACCUGUGAGAAUCGGGUUGACGCAGAGGAAUCUUGACAAGGCCAAUGAGUUCGUCAGUGAGAUUGCGGAUCCAAGGUCGCCCUCCUAUGGGCGGCACUGGUCCCGAGAGAAGAUCAUCGACACAUUUGCCCCGGAGGAAACUACAAUAGACGCCGUUCUUGCAUGGCUAGAGGAUGAAGGAAUCGAUCGGAAUCGAACCACUGUCUCGAGAGCUAGGAACUGGAUAUCUUUCACGGCGACACGAGAUGAGGUGGAGGCCUUACUCGAGGCAGAAUACCACAUUUUCACUCAUCAUGAGUCCGGUCAUGCGCAUGUCGCAUGUGAUGGGUACUCCGUCCCCAAACAUCUCGCUCAACACAUCGACAUCAUCACACCCACCGUGCACUUCGACCAACGGCUCGGGGACUCACACGACGGCGUCAAGAUCCCACUCUCCGAAGAGAAACUCGAGAGGUUAAGGAAGAGGGUACCCAUAUCUACUGAUUUGCUUCAUCCAGCGGAAGGGAUUCGACCUGGAAUAACGGCCAUUCUGGGUGAUCCGGCAAGCGGCAGUCUACCCAAACCGGGAAAGAUUGUUAAGCACCCUAGUGUCCUCGCGAGUUUAAUGGACUGCGAUACCAUGAUAACGCCUGCAUGCAUUCGAGCACUCUACGGCAUGCCCCCAGGAACUUUACAGUGGCCGGCCAACGGGUUGGGAAUUGUAGAGUACACGCCCCAGUCGUUCCUGCAGGAGGACCUGAACCUCUUCUUCGAGCAAUACGAACCGAGACUCGUGGGCAAGUCCCCGAUCGUGCACCUCAUCGCCGACGCCGUCCUGCAGACCGAAAAGCAGUCCUACUUCUACAACGGGGAAUCCUCGUUAGAUCUCGAGUUUGCCAUGUCCUUAAUCUAUCCCCAGCGUGUGACUCUCUACCAGGUCGGAGACACGGUCCAAGGAGGCAGCUUUAACAACUUUCUGGACGCCAUCGACGGCAGCUACUGCAAUUUCCAAGGCGGCGGGUCAAAAGACCCCAACAUCGACGGACAGUAUCCGCAGGAGCGAGUCUGCGGCACGGCGCCGUUGGUCAACGUCAUCUCAACGAGCUACGCUUACAACGAGGGCGACCUGAGCGUGAGGUACGAGGAGCGACAGUGCGCGGAGUACAUGAAGCUCGCCCUCCAAGGAGUUUCCAUGGUGUUCGCGUCGGGAGAUUUUGGCGUCGCGGGAAACAAGAACCAGUGCUUCGACCCGCUCACGGGGGCGUAUCAGCAUGGGUCCCUGGGCGGGAUCUUUAAUCCGUCCUUCCCGAGUACGUGUCCGUGGGUGACUUCGGUGGGGGCUACGGAGGUUAUGGAGGGAUCGACGGUGCGGAGCGGAGAAGUGGCUUGUGAGAAGGUGAUUCGGUCGGGUGGGGGAUUCUCUAACGUCUUUCCCAUGCCGGAAUACCAGAGGAAAGCCGUAGAGGAAUAUCACCGGGAGGCUGGAUCGCUUUACGGAUCGGAUCGGUAUAAUAAUUCGAGGACGACGAGAGGAUAUCCGGAUGUUAGUGCCAAUGGAGCGAACUUUGUUACGGGUGUUAACGGGAACUUUACCCUUUCAUAUGGCACGUCAGCCUCGGCUCCCGUUUUCGCGGCGAUGCUCACCCUCAUAAACGAAAAGCGCUUGGCUGCCGGCAAAUCCACCGUUGGUUUCGUCAAUCCGGUGCUAUACGCGAACCCUGGUGUUUUCAACGACAUCCGAUUCGGCCGCAACCCUGGAUGUUCCACGGAUGGAUUCUCUGCUCGGGAGGGCUGGGAUCCAGUCACAGGCCUUGGAACCCCGAGAUAUCGGGACUUGGAAUCACUCUUGAUGGGACUUCCUUGA